CUGCGCUUCAUCUGCGAGAAGCACACCCUGAGCUUCCGCUACGCCGAGCUCGACGCGCUCCUCGCGGCGCACGGCGUGGACCCGAGAGCGGCCUACGCGGCGCCGGCCGGCGGCGCGGCCGGCGCCGGCGCGGAUCCCUACGUCGCCGUCGCGUUCCCGUCCGCGGCCUGCUGCGCGGAGGUCGUGUCCAAGGCGAUCCUCGUGCGCGACGCGCUCGAGGUCUGGGGCGAGGGAGACGACCACGCGGCGUGCGCGGCCGCGGUCGCCGCGGCGCCGGCCGAGGGCGCGGCGCCGUUCUUCGCCGCCGACGUGUCGUGGUGCGUCCACGUCGAGGGCUUCGGCUACUCCUUCUCCGGCGCGGAGCAGGAGGCGCGGCGGGGCUUCUACAAGGACGCGCUCCCCUUCCGGGGCCGCGUCCGCCUCAAGGGCGCCGACGAGCAGUUCCGGAUCCUCGAGGUCUACGGCGACGUCAACCGCGGCGGGCCCCGGCCGGCGCCGUCGAGGUGCUACUUCGGCCGCGUCGUCGCGUGCUCCGCGGCCCGGGACCUCGUGCACAAGUGCGACCUCAAGCGGCGCAUCUACCUCGGCCCGACGGCGCUCGACAACGAGCUCGCGCUCGUCAUGGCCAACUGCGCGCGCUGCGACGUCGGGUCGCUCGUGCUGGACCCCUUCGCGGGCACGGGCUCCAUCCUGGUCGCCUGCGCGCUCUUCGGCGGGUUCUGCUACGGGUCCGACAUCGACUGGAAGGUGCUCCGGGGCAAGGGCGAGCACGAGAACGACGGCGCGACGCGAAGGCGCGGCAUGCGGCCGCGCAACCGCCUCUUCGACUCCUUCCGGGAACCCGCGCUCGCGGGGACCUUCGACUGCGUCGUCAGCGACCCGCCCUACGGCAUCCGCGCGGGCGCGCGCUGCUCCGGCGCGGCCCGCGACGACGUCAAGGCCGUGCCGGACCACCUCCGCGCGGGCCACGUGCCCGCGACGCGGCCCUACCCCGUCGCCGACGUCCUCGCGGACCUCCUCGAGAUCGCCGCGCGCUGCCUCAAGGUCGGCGGGCGCCUCGCCUACCUCCUCCCGGCGACGGCGGACUUCGACGCCGCGAACGACUGCCCCGCGCACCCGGCGCUGGCCUUCGUCGCCGCGUGCGCGCAGCCCGUCUCGGCCAAGUACGCGCGCCACCUCGUCGUCAUGGCCAAGGCGCGGCCC